AGGUACGCACUGCGCAUGCGCGAACCCGCCCAACCGUUGGGCGCCGGCCGCGAUUCAAAUCGGCGCCGUGAGGUAAAGUCCGGUGGUGUCAUGGACGCCGAGUUCUCCCGUAUUCCCGUCUGUGGAGCGCUCUACCGCAGCCGUAUGGAAAUGCAGGUGCCCUUUUCUUCUAAGAAGCAAUGUGCUGGUAAAGCAGCGGGGAUGGAGCCCAACAAAGAUGCCGAUUUUAACUUAGGUUCCAACGUUGCCGCGGAUGAUGUGUUCAGAGCUACAAACCAAGGGAUUCCUAAAUCUGCCAAGAAAGCGGAGCUGUCAUUGAAGAAGGCAGCCGCAAGAGGACCUCCCACCAGGUACAAACUAGAGGCAGAGCUGAAGGCCAAGAAUCAGCUAUUGGAAUCAGCCAAACAGCAACUGCACUCCAGGUUAACGGGAGCUCAGGGCACUAUAAAGGAGUUAAAGGAGGAGAACGAAGGCCUGCUGCAAGAGGUUGAAAAGCUCAAGAAAUUCCAGGAGACUUGCAUGGUGAUAUUAGAAAGCAGGAACAUCGAUCCCGUUACAGGCAACAACAUCCUGGAGGAGGAAGAGAAAACACAGGAAUGCCAGAAGCAAACGAUGCUUUUAACUGAGAAGCUCAUGGCGGAAUUGAAGCUAUUUAAUCAAACAGCUGAGAAAGAAAAGGAGGCACUUCGGGCGGCGCUGGCCAGGUGGGAAGUGGCGGAAGAGGAGCGGCAGCGCUCCCUGCAGCAGCACUCCUCCUUCCAGGAGCAGCUGAAGGAGUGCUCGGCGACCCUGGACCAGCUGGAGCAGCUCCUGGCGCAGUGAGGUGCGAGGACGGACUGCACAGUGUCUGUGUUACAAACCUUGUUCUGUCUAAACACGAAGCUGGGCAGACCAGCCCCGUGUGCCGGUAACAGCAGCGGGGCAAGGCGAGCAGUGAUUCCUGCUGGGGCUCAGCCUGCAUUUCCUCCCCGCACACCUUGUAUCCACGGCGUUUUGUUUCCUUGUAUCAAGUGUUUUAUAUUAAACUCGUUACAAAGA